CGCUUCUGCCUUCUUACCUUCAAAUGGUGUGCAGUCCUUUUUAGCGUGUCAAAAUGGCGAAAAAGAAGGUGGACGAUAAAAACAGCCAAAAUGACGACAGUACAAAAAAUGAAGCCGGAUAUUCUUCCAACGAUGAAGAACCAAACUUCAGUGAUCCCGAAGGAUUCGUAGACGACAUCAGUGACGAAGAACUCCUGGGCGAUAUUUUGAAACAAAAACCGAAGGAAACUGACGGUUUUGAAAGCAUUAUCAUUGUUGAUGGAGUACCGCAAGUCGGGACCAACAGGCUUGAUAAGCUAAAGUCAGUUAUAAACAAGAUAUUUGUUAAGUUUGGUAACAUUGUGAACGAAUACUACCCUGUAACACCAGAUGGAACUACCAAGGGGUACAUUUUUAUCGAGUAUUCAUCGCCAGUACACGCGGCGGAGGCUGUUAGGGCAACGAAUAAUUUCAAGCUUGAUAAACAGCAUACUUUUCAGGUGAAUCUGUUCACAGAUUUCGAUAAAUAUGAGCAGAUCCCAGAAAAGUGGGAGCCGCCAGAGCCUCAGCCUUAUCAGGGGCAAUCAGAUCUGCACUAUUAUCUUUUGGAUCCUGAUGCAUAUGAUCAAUUUGCUGUUGUUGCCGCACAAGGUCAAUUUGUGCAAGUGUGGCAAAACACGCAGCCUGAUCCAACUCUUGUAGAAGCUAGGAAUGCUUGGACACAGACCUGCAUAAAAUGGUCACCUCUAGGCACCUUUUUGGCAACUUUCCACAGGCUCGGCAUAGCUCUUUGGGCUGGUCCCAGUUUUUCACAAUACAAAAGAUUUGCCCAUGCCAAUUUACAAUUCAUUGAUUUUUCAUCUUGUGAAAAGUAUUUGGUUACUUAUGCUCCUCAAGGCGACCCUCAUAAUCCUGAUCAGAAGAAAAUUAUCAUAUGGGAUAUUAGGACUGGGCUGGAAAAGAGAUCAUUUAACCCGGAAGGUACUUGUUCUUGGCCAAUAUUUAGGUGGUCACAUGAUGACAAAUACUUUGCUAGGAUUGGAUCAAGUAACAACAAUAAUGAUGCAUUGCAAGUCUAUGAAACACCCUCUUUUGGGUUGCUGGACAAGAAGUCUAUCAAAAUAGCUGGCAUCAGGGAUUUCAAUUGGUCGCCAACAGACCAUGUGGUGGCCUACUGGGUAGCUGAAAACAAAGAUGUACCGGCUAGUGUUACUCUACUUGAAAUACCAAAUAGGAAUGAAAUAAGAAAGAAAAACCUAUUUAAUGUGGCUGACUGUAAGAUACACUGGCAGAAAUCUGGAGAUUAUCUGUGUGUUAAAGUAGAUAGGUACACGAAAAUUAGGAAAGAAAAGAACGAAGUUAAAUAUUCAGGAAUGUAUUGUAAUUUUGAGAUCUUCCAUAUGCGCGAGAAGCAAAUCCCAGUAGACAGCGUCGAAUGCAAAGAGCCAAUCCAGGCGUUCGCAUGGGAACCUGUCGGAUCGAAGUUUGCCAUGAUCCACGGGGAAUCACCGAACAUCAACGUCAGCUUUUACGAAGUGCGAGUGGGUCAAGCGCCGAUUUUGCUGAAAAAGCUGGAGAAGAGAGCUUGCAAUCAUCUGUUUUGGUCUCCUGGCGGCAGGUUCAUCGUCCUCGCCGGCUUGGGUUCGAACGGCGGCGGUUCCUUGGAGUUCGUCGACGCACACGACUUUUUGGUCAUGAACGCGACCGACCACUACCAAAUGUCGGACGUCGAGUGGGAUCCUACGGGACGGUACAUCAUUACCGCGGUCUCGUUCUGGAAGACCAAGGUGGACACCGGCUACUGGCUGUGGUCCUUCCAGGGGAAGAUUCUCAAGAGGGUCAAUUUGGAGAAAUUUGCACAGGUGUUGUGGCGUCCCAGACCACCGACGCUUCUCAGCGAAGAAAAGCAGAAGGAGAUUAAGAAGAACUUGAAAAAGUACUAUCCGCAAUUCGAAAGCAAGGAUCGUAUGAGACAAUCGAAGGCCUCCAAGGAAUUGAUAGAGAAAAGGGCGGCGCUGAUGGAGAAAUUCAAUCAGUACAGGGAACAGCGAAUCAAGGAGUGGCAGGAGAACAAGUCCAGGAGACUGGCGCUUAGAAAUAAUGUUGACACUGACGAGCUAGACGCAGACACAGAAAACGUAGAAGAGGAAGUAGUAGAAUUCUUUAUCAAAGAGGAACAAACAGUGAUCGAUUAAACCAUCAUUCAACGUGCCGUUUUUGUCCGUGUAUGCACACAAUCGUGUAUACGGGGGCUUGUUCAAAAAUUCAUCUGCAUCAAGUGACACUUUGACGUUUACCUAUCGGUGAAUUUGCGUGUACCAUAGACAUUUUUCUACCUUGUGCGAGUUGAAAAAACUCGUCGUGACCAUUUUUUUUAUUUCCGAAUUCGUCAGAAAAAUUAUCUUUUGUUGUCUGGUUACUACAAUAAAACUGUUAACUGUCUCUCG